AUGACGUUGCAGCAGGUGUGGUUAGCAUCUGAACCGUGCCCCUCCUAUCUCCUUCUUCUCACUCCUCUGAAGUUUUCCAAAUCCCACUCACUAUCUCGAAUGCAAAAAUCCGACACGCAGCUGCAAGACUGCCGAUACUCCUCCACCGUGACCUCAGUUGAGCACGAAGCCGACGUCACCGUCGGCAGUGUCGUAGUCGGCGUCGUCGUACCCGUCGGGUCUGGUGAAGCGGUGCAUCCCGCACCCUCGUCAGGCCGCACCGGCUUCGGCCUCGGCUUGUUGGGCGGAUCCAGAUUGGCAGGGCACACCGACGUCGGGCGCGCCCACCUAUAUGUGGUUGUGCAGCCCAGCCCUUUGACGCCCGCGCACUUGCCGUCGGCGCCGCAAGGCCACGCGACCGUCACACUGGCGGGCGGCCAGGGGCAGUCGCAGCGGCGCGUCAUGCUCGAGAGCACAGCGCACUCGGGCGUUGCGCAGUCCUGGCAUACCGUCGCGGUGCGGGUUACUGUUGGGCAUUUGGCGUCGAUGGAGUGGGUGGGUGCCGGGUGCGGUACGAAAAUACGAGGGUCGGACAAUGUGAACAUCUCCGUUUGGCUGGGCCGAACCGGUCCUUGGAUAGUAGCUGAAACUCACCACAACACCAAGACACCAGUAUAUCUCGUGAUGUGA